GGAGGUGAAGGUGUGGAUAAGAAGCGGCUCCUCCUCUUCCUCACACUGACUCCGUGUUUCAGUCAGAACAAAUCUGACUCCGCUCCUCCUGCUCCUUCUGGUCCUGGUCUUGGUUCGGGUCUCACCGUCAUGCUCUCCCCGGGACUCCUCGUGCUCGCGCUGGCCGCCUCCUGCGCUCUGUGUCCGGCCGCGGUCCGGGCCGCGUCCUGCGAGCCGGUCCGGAUCCCGCUGUGCAGAUCGAUGCCGUGGAACAUGACGAAGAUGCCGAACCACCUCCACCACAGCACGCAGGACAACGCGGUUCUGGCCAUCGAGCAGUUCGAGGGGCUUCUGGGUACCGGCUGCAGUGCAGACCUGCUCUUCUUCCUGUGUGCCAUGUACGCUCCCAUCUGCACCAUCGACUUCCAGCACGAGCCCAUCAAACCGUGCAAGGCCGUGUGUGAGCGCGCCAAGUCUGGCUGUGAGCCGGUGAUGAAGCGCUACAACCACAGCUGGCCCGACAGCCUGGCCUGCAGCGAGCUGCCGCUGUACGACCGCGGCGUCUGCAUCUCACCGGAGGCCAUCGUCAAGGCGGAGGGACCAGGUGUGACAUCAUUCUCAUCAUCCUCAUCCUCAUCCUCAUCCUCAUCAUCCUGCUGCAUCUGUACAGGGACAGUCCAGAGGUUUGCUCUCAGUGGAAACUCAGUGAGGUCAUUGAGCUAAAGACAGAAGUCGUUU